CGCAGGGAGCCCUGUAAACAAACUGACACGUCGCCCGGAUGUGACGUCACUAUCCAGCGACGCUGUUGUUUUCCGAUACGGAAGAAAAAGAAGGCUUAUAUUCUACCUGAAGGCUUUCCGCUUCCAAAGUUAUUAUAGCGGGUUUAGGACGUCAUAUUUUCAACACUGCACGUGUACAAGAAGGACUGAUUUUAGUUAAUUAUUCUGAUUUGGACUUUUCUGUGUUGUAUACUGUGUUGUAUACCAAGAAGCUGUAAUUCUACUAAGACGUAAUUAAAGCACUAUGCCAUUCCAACUGGAGGCAAUGUCGAGCAGGAAGCGGAGACCCAACUGGACAGACCAGGAGUGUUAUCUGCUUUCCCAGCUCGUCCACGAAAGGAAAGAAAUAAUUCGAGGGAAGUGCAUCACCGGCUUAUAUGAUAAACGACAGGCAUGGGAAGAGAUAACCCACACCAUCAACACGGCCUUUCCACACAUGCAGAGAACCGUGUCGGACUGCAGCAAAAAGUGGGAAAAUCUGCUGGCAAAGUCCAGGGAGGAGAUUAAAAGACAGAAGAUGCAAGCAGGCGCAGACGACGACCUGUCCCUGGAUCAGUUUAGUCCUCUCACACAAAUCGCAAUUUCUGUGAUGAACCCUUCAGUACAGGAUGAAGACGACUCCCCGUCCUUUGAUUUGAUUGACAGUCAACAAAGCAGUGGUGACAAAGACGGAAGCGCGUUCACAACAGGACAACAACUUAAAAGUAAACAUGAGCUGGCAGAUCCUGCGCUCCCGGCCUACGCUUCAGAGUCAUCCAUGAUCCCGUCAGGGCAAAGGGCGACGCCUUAUUCCAACGUCCCAAAGUCGCUUGCAGUACAAUUUAGCAGUCAUUAUCCGGCCGCGUCUGGAGAACAGUCCAACUCCCCCUGUUCUCCUUGCGCUCACGCAGCGCACUGUUCCACUCUACAGGAAAGGAUGGAUCUGGAAAUGUCUGUGUUGAGAAGACAGGAGGCAGUCCUCAAGCUGCAAGAGGAAUAUUACACACUCAAAAUAAAGCGGAUGAAGACGCAAAUGGACGACGCUCCUCUACAGAGCUGAGGUGUUUUUGGCCUGACGUGUGUGAUUCAUUUCUGUUAUUUCAUCACGUUUGGUUAUUUGUGUUUUGCAUCUGAGAAUAAUGUGACUCGUGAUCGCAUCGUGAAUGAAAGUUGAAGAACAUGAAGGUGACCUUAACACUGAUGAUUUCUGAUCAAAAAUGUCAGCAGGUUAAACAAAGUCCGUUUUUUUAAUGCUAAAUGAUUUUGGACAUUUCAGUUCUAUUUGACCAGGCACACCUGCACCGUGUGAUGCGUUCAAUGGCGGGCGUGUACUGAGAGCUUAUAUGUAGCAGUAAUCAUUAGAGUUGACCAUAUUUUAGACUGCGGAUGUAUUAGGAGGAUAAUGUGGGGGGGAUGGUUGCUUGUCUAUAUGUGCCCUGGGGUUGGCUGGCCACCAGUCCAGGGUGGACAGCUGGGAUAGGCUCCAGCACCCCCGCCACUCUCGUGAGGAUAAGUGGUAGAAAAUGAAUGAAUGAAUGCUUCACUUCCUUAGUUGUUUCCAUACUUCCACAAAUGCAUGUAUGUAUGCAAAAACAUCCUAAUCAUACAAUAACCAUGGCUAAACCUCACCGAUAUUCUCUGGUCAAAAACAACACUUUUAUGAUUUCUCUAUGUUAGAGUUGAAAUCCAAAAUAGCUUUAAUAGCAAUAUUUAGAUUGAAGUACUCCGAAUGUUUCAUAUUUGUGCAUGAGAGACUGUAGUUCAGGUCUGUAGAUCAUAUUUGGCUUUUAUUGCAUAAAUGGUGCCAUGCAAAUCGUUACCCAGUAAAAGGUAUGUUUUGAAAAUAUCAAUAAAUCAGAAGCCGAUCUUUUUAAACUCUUUGGCACUUGUGGCCUGUAAAGUAUUGACUUGUACUGCAAUCUGAUCAAUUGUACUUGUAAUGAUGACUAAUACAGUAUGCUGGCUAUGUUUGGCCGUGCGGUUUGAUGCCGCUUCAAAGCAUCCACUUUAAAGUGCACAUUUGGAAGCUCCAAAUGUUUGACUUGCACAAGUCCAAUAUGAGAACCGUGCAGUCAAAAUAAUGUCCCGUCUAGACCAGAAUGUAAUCCUUGUGUGUAAUACUUGUCAUACGUCCGUGUAUUUGGGAGUGACUGAAACUGGCGCUGAGGCCGAGGGUUUGGAAUAAAAGUCUCU